ACAUUAGUUUUUUGCCCAGCAGGAAUUCAAAACCUUGCAAGACUAUGGCCAGGUGAAACGUUUCCACACGGCUAAUGUGCAGGAGCAUAUAUAUACGCGAGGGCGCCAAACACAUUUCCCAACUCACCAAGCACCGCGCCAUUUGUUAAUCACGAGGCCUAAAUCCACCUCUUGGUUAAUUAUAUCAGCUGCCACAAGUUUUUUACGUGGCGCGCAUGGCCACGGCAAUGGACGCCGGCGUGCUGCACCCCGGCGCCAUCGUGGUGACGGUCGUGGCAUUGGCCUCGGCGUACAUGGUGUGGUUCUGGGCGCUGUCGAGGCGGCUGUCGGGGCCCCCGAUGUGGCCGCUGGUGGGCAGCCUCCCCAGCGUCGUGGUGAACCGGAAGCGGGUCCACGACUGGAUCGCCGACAACCUGCGCGCCACGGGCGAGGCGGCGACGUACCAGACGUGCAUCCUGCCGCUGCCGUUCCUGGCGCGGCGGCAGGGGCUGGUGACGGUGACGUGCAACCCGCGGAACCUGGAGCACAUCCUGCGCGCGCGCUUCGACAACUACCCCAAGGGCCCCAUGUGGCAGGCGGCGUUCCACGACCUCCUCGGCCAGGGCAUCUUCAACUCCGACGGCGAGACGUGGCUGCUCCAGCGCAAGACGGCGGCGCUCGAGUUCACCACCCGGACGCUGCGCCAGGCCAUGGCGCGCUGGGCCAACCGCUCCAUCAAGGACCGCCUGUGGCGCAUCCUAGCCGACCACUGCCACGCCGCCGCCAGCGUCGACCUCCAGGACCUCCUCCUGCGCCUCACCUUCGACAACAUCUGCGGCCUCACCUUCGGCAAGGACCCCGAGACGCUGUCGCCGGGCUUGACGGAGAACCCCUUCGCCAACGCCUUCGACGAGGCCACCUUGGCGACCAUGCAGAGGUUUCUGUUCCCCAGCUUCCUGUGGCGGAUCAAGAAGGCGCUGGGCAUCGGCAGCGAGCAGAGCCUCCGCAAGAGCCUCGCGGUGGUGGACCAGUUCAUGACGGAGACCAUCGCGGCGCGCAAGGCCACGCCGUCGGACGACCUGCUGUCCCGGUUCAUGAAGAAGCGCGACAGCAACGGCAAGGCGUUCCCGGAGGACGUGCUGCAGUGGAUCGCGCUCAACUUCCUGCUCGCGGGCCGCGACACGUCGUCCGUCGCGCUCAGCUGGUUCUUCUGGACGGUCAUGCAGAGGCCGGACGUGGAGCGCAAGGUGCUCCUCGAGAUCGCGUCCGUGCUCAGGGAGACGCGCGGCGACGACACGGGGAGGUGGGCGGAGGAGCCGCUGGACUUCGACGAGCUGGACCGCCUCGUGUACCUCAAGGCGGCAUUGUCGGAGACGCUGCGCCUGUACCCGUCGGUGCCGCAGGACUCCAAGUACGUGGUGGCCGACGACGUGCUCCCCGACGGCACCGUGGUGCCAGCCGGCUCGGCGAUCACCUACUCCAUCUACUCGGUGGGGAGGAUGGAGAGCAUAUGGGGGAAGGACUGCGUGGAGUUCCGGCCGGAGCGGUGGCUGUCGGCGGACGGCAGCCGCUUCGAGCCCGUCAAGGACGCGUACCGCUUCGUGGCGUUCAACGGCGGGCCGAGGACGUGCCUCGGCAAGGACCUCGCCUACCUGCAGAUGAAGUCCAUCGCGUCGGCGGUGCUGCUGCGCCACUCGGUGGAGCUCGUGCCGGGGCACCAGGUGGAGCAGAAGAUGUCGCUCACCCUGUUCAUGAAGAACGGGCUCCGCGUGAACGUCAAGCCAAGGGACCUCGCCGACUACGUCGCGCCGCCGCCGGAGGAGGCGCCGCCACUGGGGUCAGUCGUGAUCCCAACCACCACUGCCGCCGCUGCAUAGUCUUGCGCCUGCCUACGUACAUUGGUUUCUGAAAUUCUGAUGCUUGUUCAUUCUGCCCGCUGAAUUUGUUCUUCUUCAUACACAACUGUGUGCGUUUUUUUUUUUUUUUGUGUUUUUUGGUUGUGUACUUUUGAUGAGGUAUUGGUGGAUCGUCAAAUGAAAUGAAGUUUAUACGUUGCAUUCA